AUGUUUGCAUCUUGUAUGCUGAAGAUCUUUACGCUCGUGCUCGUGUCCCCUGUACUUGGCGCCAAUCUGCUAGUAUCGAAUUUUACUGGCAAGACAUACUCACUGUCGCUUGAUGAUGUCGAUGGCAACCAGGUAUUUUCGGUAUCCUCGUCCACUGCCAGGUGCGGAAGACUUCCAGCAUGGCUGGGAUUGGACUCCCAGACGCAAACCCUCUACUGCAUUGAUGAGAAUUGGUCAGGGAUGGGAAUUGCUUCAUCGUUGCAAGUAGAAGGCGAUGGCUCCUUAGUUGAGACUAUGAACAGAUCGAAGGCUGGAAUGUCUGUUCAUACCAUGCUCUAUGGUGGAUCAGACGGCGGACCUUUCUGUUACGGACAAGGCCAUUACAUGGGCCGCAGGCAAACCCCCAGAAGGCACCUAUUAGAGGAAGGCUUGGCAACCAGCAUUGUGAUUGGGCGAAAUCACAAUGAGGUCACUUGA